GUGCCCUGCUCCUUGUCAACUGCAACCGAAUAGACGCGUAGAGAAAGGUGGUCUAGCCUGGGUCAUGAGAAGGAGACACACAGUUCCCCUUGGUCGUAGACUGUUGUGGUGCGAAAUGCGGUUUUCAUAAUAGACACGACGAUAACAUCAAUGAAAUGCUUCCAUUGCGAUUUGCGAUCUUUGCAAUGCAAUCACAUUUUGGUAUUUUGUCAGAUGACGAAAGGUGUAUACGUUGAAAGUUUACUCUACAAUGUCACUCAAGCCCGGCAACUACGAGAUCACCUCCGCCAUUGAUGGCAACCCUAUCGUUGCCCGCCACCCUAUCGAGGAUCGUUCAGGGAACCCAAAGCCCGUUUUCGCCCUCCCUCCUGGAAUUCGCCCCCUGGGGCCUUGGACCGUCGAAAAGGUCAGCGGCGACAAAUACAUCUUGAAAGCCUUUGGGUCUCCUACGGCUGCCAUCGAUGAAAAGCUCUUCGCUAUCCUGAACGAUCUCUAUCCUGCACAGGAGUGGGUCGUGACUAGAAUUCCUCAGGCUGGUGAAGAUGCAUACACCGUCCUGAAGUCCGACAGCGGCGAAGGCUGGUUCACUGCCGAAACCGAUAAGCAGAUUCAUGUUCAGCGUUUGAUAGUCGGUCUCAGCGAGCCCCCUUUCCAUCCUCCUGGAAACAUCUUUAUCUUCAAGUGCCUGCUCGAGGACUAGGCAAUGUCCUGGGGAUGCAAAGCUAUGGAUGGUGAACAAAUGUGUUGCAUGAUG